GGAAAUGGCACUUUACUCGACCCAAUCUAGCUAAAUCGGCUAGAUUUCGGGGGAUCGUAGAGUUGGGGGAAUUUCAGGGAUCGACAAGACUGAUCGACGACAUUAUUCGGGCGUCUCAUCCUGCUAGUGUCAAGGAGUGGACCGUGAUAGGUCCUAGGGGUUGGACCUGCGCUACGUGGGUGAUGAAGCUGGCCAUUGACUUGGAGGAGCGGGGGUAUUACGACUUCCCUGAUGGCGUCAGUGUGCAUAAUCUUUAUAAGACGGUCCUCGAGAAAGGCGCGCUCUUGAGAGAUCUCAAAGGACUGACCUUGAUCCCUGUCCUGCCUCUGUAGAUGGAACUGAAUAGAUUCAUAAAGCCUUACAUGCAAGAUGCUCUGUUGUUCAUAUUAUCGCUUGUUCUGCGUUUCGAUAUGAGAAACUGUUGUACAGUUGACUCUCUUAUAACCUAUAGCGGUCGGUGGACCCUCAGAGCUAUGGGUUACGAGGGAGUAUGGGUUAUGGGAGAGUAUGGGUUACGGAGGGGUAUGGGUUAUGAGAGAGUACAGUCGACCUCGUGCGGCACCAUCGAGCCCACUCCUGGGAGAUGUAUAUCUUCCGGAGUUGGUCCUCGAUGGCUCGUUCGUCGCAAACCGGACAUGCCGCUGCACAUUUCAGCGCAGCCCGAAUGUACCGUACGAAAUACACAUGGUCCACACGGAGUCGCGCUGAGGGUUGUGUACACACUGGGCACGAGAAGUGAGACGUCUCACUUCAUUGCUCUCUCCUCCGCGUCGUCGGUUGCCAAAUCAUUCUGUGGACCAGGCGACGAUGAGAAGAAGAGACUACUCACGGAUGAUGGCGGCAAGCUGAGUUUUGGAUACACCAAGGUAUCGUCUGAGAUCUCGGUAAAAAGGGGACAACGUUUCGAAGGUUAGUGAAUCCUUGUCCGGCGGAUAACUAAUGUAGUGUGGUAAAUUUUGAGGUAUGACAAUCAAGCGUAUCAAUGAGCGGAAAAUAUUU